AGAACCGCAAAGAGCUCGAAAGUUGAUGCAGCGAGCGACAGCAGCUCCACCCAGAAGAAGUCACUACUUCGAUGAAUCUGAGCCAGUUCAGUAUCGAGUCUACAAAUCACUUAAGGUUUGGUCUCUGUAUGCGGACAUAGAGGAGGCGUUCGGUACGUUGGAAAGUUGUCAGCGAGUCUACGAGCGUAUCAUUGAUUUGCGUAUUGCCACACCGCAAAUCAUCAUAAAUUAUGCGAAAUUCCUGGAGGAAAAUGACUACUUCGAGAAUUCAUUUAAGACAUACGAGAAAGGAAUAGCGUUGUUCAAAUGGCCUGUGGUCAAUGAAAUUUGGACGGUUUACUUGACGAAAUUUUUGAAGAGAUAUGGUGGUAAGAAAUUGGAGCGAGCCCGUGAUCUCUUCGAACAAUGUUUAGAAACGUGUCCAUCCAAAUUCGCAAUGAAAUUGUAUUUGCUAUACGCCAAACUAGAAGAGGAGCAUGGUUUGCCUCGUCAUGCAAUGAGCAUUUAUAAUAGAGCCACAGCGGCGGUUGAGAAAUCUGAGAUGUACAGCAUGUUCAACAUAUACAUUAAAAAAGCUGCAAGUAUGUAUGGUUUAACGCAUACACGACCAAUAUUUCAACACGCCGUUGAAGUGUUACCCGAGGAUCGAUCGAGAGAGAUGAGUAUGCGUUUCGCGCAGAUGGAGCGCUCGCUUGGUGAAAUUGAUCGUGCACGGGCAAUCUAUGCACAUUGUUCUGAAAUUUGCGAUCCGAGGGUUCACACACAAUUCUGGGAUAUUUGGAAAGAAUUCGAGGUGAAGCACGGAAAUGAGGAUACGGUUAGGGAGAUGUUACGUAUAAAACGUUCCGUUCAAGCCACCUACAAUACGAGUGUGAACGUGAUGAGUGCUCAGAUGCUUGCGACUGCAUCAGGUUGGUGUAGAUUUCGUGAAUGUGUUAGGUUAUUUGGGCUUUGCAUGAGUUCAGUUGUUCUUAGAGAUUACAUUGGUUUUGUUCAGUGUUCAUUGAAUUAG